GGCGCAUUUGGCAGGGGCGGACUUACUUAAAGAACACUGUAGAAAAAGUGUUGGACGCAAGGAGGCACCUUUAUCGGAAGUCCUAAAAAGCCUCAUCGUUAUCGAUAAAUACAAAGUGCUGUAUUGCCGAACAGGUAAAACAGGCAGCUGGACCACAAUGCAGCUCUUGUAUAACUUGGAAUUAGGCACCAAUAUGAGUCGCCGCGAGGUGAGGAAGUUUGCUAGAGAGAAGCGGCUACCAAUUCUUUCAGAUUUUUCUGAGGAGGAUAUCUGGCUUCGUCUUGCUACGUACAAGAAGUUUCUUGUAGCUAGGAAUCCACUAGAAAGACUUGCAUCUGUGUGGAGCGGAUUUUUCGUCACGUAUCCAGUGUACGGAUGGAACGAAAAAUACAGCAGUAUGAUGGAGACUAUUUGCCCGGAAAUGAAGACAAAGAAGAUAACAUGCAAUAAAACAAUUGAAAUCAAAUGGAAAGGAAACCAAACUCAUCAGCUUGUACCGUUCAAAGCUUUCGCCAAAGCAGUAGCAGCCUCUGCGAAUAGGACAGAAUUCCAAAACCAACAUUGGAAACCAAUAAGUGAAAUAUGUAGUCCCUGCCAAAUCCACUACGACUUUGUCGGUCAUAUGGAAAACCUGGCUGAAGACCUGAACACUUUUUUCCGGCAUGAUGUUGGUGUCGUCGGAAGGGACAACAUUUUUCCACAAAGGAAACCGAGGAUCGGUGACCAAAUGCUUCAUAAAGAUUUUCAGAAGGUUUCUAUUGAAGACAUGAACAAUCUUUAUGAAAGGUACAAAGAUGAAUAUGGAUUCUUUGGUUACUCAUUUGAAAAUGAUUUACAAAGGCUAGCUAAGGCAAGUGUUCGGAAAUAACGUCCUUGAGAAAUCGCUUGGCCGAAUGUACGAUACUGAGGGUUAAUUAACCUGGUCCUUUGCUAUAAUCACCGAAAGGCCAUAAAGCCCACAAUGUGGUUUUAUGAGGUGGUUAUAGCAAAGGACCAGGCGGUAUCACAGCAUGUACAGCGAGGAACAGGCGGGUCAUUAACGUUAUUAUCAUAUAGCCUACCCAAACUUGCAAACUCCUGCAUGACGCAUAGAUCCAUCUGUGCUAUAUGUGUGAAUUCCUUUGUCGACUUUUUUAAAAUUCACAUUUGUUCUUUGGUACAUCCAUCCGUAACGAGAUUACAGAUUACAUUUUGAAACCAUAAUUUCCACAGAAAGCUCCAACUCCAAAAAUGUCUUACCGCUACGUUUAAAAACUACUUUUCCAAAAGGAUCGUUCCCAUCUGCAACGCUCUACCCGU